CAACCAGGACACCAAUAUUCUAGAACAAUGCUUGAACACAUCCCGAGCACAACAACAACACUUCAUCAACAGACCUGCGACGAAGAAGACUUCACGUAAGUCAUCGAUAAUCAAAGACUUUCUAGAAUAGCUCAGCCUCGGCUCUCAUUCAAGCUUCCAUGUGAAGACCAUACUCAGUCUCUCACGCCCACUCCCUCUCCAUCCUAACACCUCACAUCAAACCGCCAAAAUGUCUACCGUAAGUAUCGCAAAUAUAAAAACCACAGAAGCGUCCCUCUCAACAUCCGACGGCACACCCCUCUACACAAAAACCUGGCACCCAUCCACAACGAUCAUCGUCCGUCUCGUCUUCGUGCACGGCUUCAGCGACCACUGCAAUUUCUACGGAAUCCUCUUCCCAACCCUCGCCUCAGCCGGAAUAAAAGUCUACUCCUACGACCAAAGAGGCUGGGGCCGCAGCGUAACCAAACCCUCCCAAAAAGGCCUCACAGGUCCAACAUCCCUCACAAUGUCCGACAUCACCGACUUCAUCCACGCCCUCCCACCCGAAGAGCACAAAAUCCCUCUCUUCUUGAUGGGCCACAGCAUGGGCGGAGGAGAAAUCCUCUACUACGCCGCCACAGCCCCCCAAAACAUCAAGCGCCAGAUUCGAGGGUAUUUGGCCGAAGCUCCAUACAUCCGUCUCCACCCAACCGCCAUGCCAUGGAAAAUGACCGUUCUCGCGGGAAAGAUCCUAGCAAAGAUCCUCCCUCACGCGCAAAUGCUGCAGAAACUCGACGUCGGGAAAAUCUGUCGAGAUCCGGAAGUGGGUAGAGAAUGGGAUGAAGAUCCUUUAUGUCAUGAUACCGGCACAUUAGAAGGUUUGGGCGCGAUGAUUGAUCGGGCGGCGGAGUUGGAGGAAGGGAGGGUGAGGAUAAGAGAUGAGGGGGACGAUAAGAUGAGUGUGUGGGUUGGAUUUGGCUCUGGGGAUCAAGUUUUGGAUUGGGAGGCUUGUAGGAAAUGGUUUGAAGAGGAAGUAGAGGUUGGGGAUAAGGAGUUUAGGAUUUAUGAUGGGUGGUAUCAUAAAUUGCAUGCGGAGCCGGGAGAGGAUAAGUUCAAGUUUGCGAAAGAUGUGAGUGAGUGGAUUUUGGCGAGGACAGACAACGGUGCAAGUGAGGAGAAUUUGCAGGCAACGACGAAGCCGAAGCUUUGAGGCAGUACGGGUAAUGAGAUAUGAUCGUGAAGGGUUCAUGACGUGACGAAGCUAAGCAUUCAGAAUCUGCCUUCGAGGGCCUGUUCUUCCCG